AUGAUCUUACGUGAUGCUGACUCAGGUCAAGUACAAUGGCAAUCGGCAGACGAUCUAUCCGUACCUGACACAGAACAUGAAGCUCGUGUACCAAGACGCAUACUGAAGUGCCGAGCUGUAUCAAGAGAAAUUAAUUUCUCUUCACAAGAAGAAAUGAAACAUUUCCGCUUAGAGCAGAAAGUUUACUUCAAAAAUCAGGUUAUAGAAGAAUGGGCAUUCGCAUUCGGAUUUGUUAUUCCCGGAUCUACAAAUACCUGGGAGUCGCUUAUUGAAGCAGCGCCUGAAUCUCAAAUGAUUCCGGCAAAUUUAUUGAGUGGUAAUGUUGUUAUUGAAACAAAGUUCUUUGAUGAUCAACUUGAAGUGAGCACGUCACGUGUUCGUCUUUUAUAUGUGUAAAAAAAAUAUCGACACUAUUUCACUUCACUCACAAAACCGUUACUUUUUAUUUGUCGAUAAUAUAUGUCAAUACCAUUCCACUGGUGUAUUUUGAUUGAUUAAUGGAUGCUUUUCGUAUUAGUUUUACAAAGAGAACGUAUCGCCGAUCCUCAUCGCUGAUACUUAUAUCGCUCAUUUUAUUGUUGUUCAUUUUUUUUCUGUCAUCUUAGUAUAUUAUUUUGGUAUUGUGCCAAAGUUUUAAUGUACAAACAAGAAAAAAAUACGUAAAAAGCAUUAUUUAUUAAACUCGGUGUUUUCGUUAAAAGCAAAAUGUAUGCUUUCUGUAUUGUAACUAAUAUUUAUUAAUUUUGAAUUAAAUAUUGUUCGUAUUUGUCAAUAUUUUCUAACUUCAAAUCACACUAAGAAAAAUAUCGCUUUUUCAAACAAAAAUUUUCCUAUCCAUUGUAGGUGGAGAAAUAAAUUCAGGUCUGUAAUAAAAGCCCAAAAUCGACGUAGAGAACAAAUUGAAUUCGAUUGUUACAGUUAGUUAGUAGUUUUAAAUAUUUAUAUUAAUUCUUAUCUAAGGUUUUUUCAGUUCAGGGCUUAAUCUCCUUCGAAACAGAAGGCAAAAAGAUAAACCCUUGAAAAAUAUUGAGACCAGGACAUGAAAAAAUUGUUUUUUCAUUGUAACAACCUCUUUUUCACGAAAUAAAACUACAGGUGACAAAACACGAAAUUUUCAAAGACCGGUGUAUAUGAUUAUUUGUGCCAGUCAUACCUUCUAGUUUGCCGGUCAUCCAGCGCUAUGACGAUUUGUGCAAGAGCUCUUGCCUGCCUCAUUUCUUUAUUCUAAUUUUGUCCUGUUUUCAUUUCUCUGUAUAUAAACAAGAGAAUAUUUCUAUUUAACAAAAAUAGGUGUUAACAGCACAAAAAAAAGACGUGGGGUUGCGAAUUCUCAUGCCCUUACUGUUCGUGGUCACGGGCAGCUUCCAAAAAAACAAUGGACAACUGCUCUUUCCGACGAGUGCGGAUUUUUCAAAAUAAUUUUUGUUCGGCGCAGAACCACCGUAACUUUUGAUAUAUCAAAAAACGACGUCGUUUCUCAUUUGUCCAAUGAAAAAAAGCUGUAUUUCUCCAAAUUGUUAGAGGCGUAGAAAGCCGAUAAGAGUGACCCCCAUUUUCUUAAGUUUUUUUUGUUUUACAGGAGAGUGGCGAGGAGAGGGUUUUAUGACAUGAUGGGAAAACAUAUCUGACGAUUUUGACUUGUAUACUGAAAAUCCUUCUAAAGUUAUGUAGCUCGUGCUGCACUGACGGCAUUUUUCCAUACACCAGGUGGACAUGUGGUUUUUUUAAUUCAGAAUGAGACUAUUUUUGCCCAGUAGUACUUGAUUACGUUUAAAAUGUUAUUAUAAAUUAAAACAACCCAAAUUCGAAAAAUAAAUUUUUAGACGAAAAAUCCCUGAGGGGAAACCUUGCUCUAAAUUUUUGUCGAAAAACUUUUUAUUCCAAAAAUGAACAAGUUAUAUAUCAUUCGAUGUAGUUUUAUAUGAUGAUCCUACAAAUCAAAUUAUUUUUUUAUACAAAUGUUCCUAGGCUGAGAAAAACGCAUUUUACCGCAAAAACUAGCGUUUUUGGAAAACCCGUACCUGUGUGGGAAAAGUUAUGCAUUUUUGUGCAUUCACGGUAGAUACAGGACAUAGUCCGAACAUUCUGAUAUAAUUUUGAGUCAGAUUGGACCUUCGAUAAGUCUCGCGAUCUCAUUGCACUGAACGCGGCUUUUGCAUGAACGGUUCGGUUUGGGAAAAAGCCUGUUUUAGCCACUAGGUUCAGUCCUGAAAGAAAAUUUGUUUUGUUUUUGGACAGCUGUGAGUGAAGACUAUUUACUUUUCUUUAAUUCAAUUUAUUUUCAUCCGGGAGAAAAUCAAUUUUUCCUAAAAGGUGGUUAUUUUGUACUGUGUAUUACUGCAAUGAAUACGAUGUACAGGAUACUGUAAAAGCUAUCAGGAAAAUAAUUGUUAUAGUCGAACUUGUCAUAGUUUCAUUCUGAUAUGACUAGCUAUGCUAUAAUAAGCGUUUAGUUCACACUAGUUUUGACUUUUUCAGUAUUUGGCUAUGUGAUGAGUAUUUGUACCAGAGUUGCCAGAUGGUCCGGAGUUUGCGGACAAAUUCCGCUUUCUGUAGUUUUUUCCGCAAAGUGUCCGCUGUCCGCAAUUUGCCCACUUUUCGAGAAUUUAUUGUUUUUGUUCUAUUUCCAGCGAUGAAGAUUUUUACAUUUUCUCAUAAAAAGUUUAACGCCUUCGGCGGCUGAAUGAUCUGUUAAAACAAUGCUUUUGCAACUUUAAAAAACAGAUCUGCACUGUUUUAGGAACUAAAUCAGAAAUUUGCUCCGGAAGUGAGCAGUGACAGAAAAACAUUAGCUUGUCUCAAAUGUUGCUGAAAGGGAGUAUGAAAAAUAGUGAAAUAAUAAAUCUUCAAGGAAGGCAACUCGGUCAGAAAAUCUUAACUAUUAAGUGCUGUUGUAGGCGGAGAAGUUUCGUAUUAAAUUUUUCCCUGCCAUGCAUAACUCUUGAAAUUUAUGACGGCUGAUCAAAAACACGCAUCUUGAAAAAGCCAAUAGCGAUUCAAAUUGGGAAUUAAAUGAUGUUUUGUAUUGCAUCUUAAGUGGAACCACCAUAAAGCGCUAGAAAAAUUUUUUUUGAUACCCCUUUGCGUUUGGUGAAAAAUGCGUUUCUGCUUUUCUUUCACUUUUUCACCUUUUUAUUCCACGUCUGACCUAAACAUCUGGCAACUCUGAUGUGUAUCAUAUUUUUUUCAGUAUUAAUACUGCUUUUUCCCCCUUAAAUUUUACACACAAUAUCUAUUAUAUACGUUAGAAGAGAACAAAGAAUAAACACAGUGGACGAUAAUAUACGCACACUAUCUGUUUGCUUUUCUCCUUCUAUCGAAGGACGGACGGAAUAAAAAAACAUUAUAUCGUUACAAACUGAGAUAGAGGACAAUACGAGGUCAGCGUGAUCUAGUGCAAGGAUUGAUUUUGCACUUUUUCACUCACGAGUUUAAGGAACAGAAUGAUAUAAUAAUAAAAAAAAUUUCUUAACAGUGGGCAAAGAAAAAAUUUGUUCAAGAUCUUGUCGCGAAUUUGACACGAUCUUGAUAUAAUCCUGCCGCGAUCCUGUCACACUCUUGACGCACAAAUGAAACGAGAUCGCAUAAUGAACUUGAUCAAGAACGCGAUUACAAUUAUAAGAUCGCGAUUUUACUUUGCCAAGAUCAGCAUUUUUUUCGUUACACGGGAAAAACUCGGGUUCGCGAUCACAUCUCAGCAAGAAUGAAACGGGAAUACCACUAGGGUCGGUACUAGAAAAAUUUUAAACCUUAGUAGUUUGGAAAUUUUCUGAUUGUAUUAUAUUUCAUUUUCUCUUGAAAAAUCAAGAUAUUAUAUUGACAAUUCUUGUAGUGAAGCAUCUGACAGAGCUGUAUCUCACUGAACACAUUUUAUAAAAUUGAAAAUUUUCUACCACUGAGUAACGGGUGAUGCAAAAGUUUUUUCCUUUUUUUGCUUGCUACCUCAAUCCAGAAGUAUCCUACACACUUUCUCUUUUUUCCGUUAGUAGGUUCUGAACCAGAGUGCGGCACGGGCCAGGCUUUUAGUUGAACCGGGCUGGACCAGAAAGCUUUUAAGACCGGUUGGGCCGGGCCGAUGACUUCUCUUUCUUUCUGAGAGCAUAUGGUUAAAUACAUCCAUAAAAUCAUUAUAUUUAGUAUAAACAGGUUCGUGAUGAAUAUUUAUAAUAUUUCUUUUUCUAAUAUAUAGCUGAAUAAACAGGUUAUCUAAUGCAUACAAAGAUUGAAAAAAAAACCAUGAAAAUUUAAAUGAUAGAGUUGUGUUAGAAGCACAUUUAUAGCAUUUUGUCAACCAAGCCU